AUGGACGAGAGCUGGGAGUCGUCAAGUCGUAAGCGGGCACGAGCAGAGCCCGACGAGUACCGACGCGACCACCUUGCGUACGAACAUGGUUCCCACUCACUGCCCCGCGAACACCUGCGCCGUACGCCUGACCACUACACCACGGAUCCUCAGCCCUGGGAGCGCCGCCGUGUGAGCGAACACCAUUGGCAUACCACCCGCGACCAAUAUCAAAAGGAUGCCCCAAUCGACGAUCUUGAAUCAAGCCACGACCAUUCUACCCGCCCCAUCUACACCCCUCACCGUCCCAACGGCUCUAGUUCCUCCUACCAUCGCACCAUGUCGCGCCCCCACCACUCACGCAUCGAUCGUCCAGAUUCAUCGCUCCGACAUGAAAGUCGUGAGUGGAUACCACGAGAUGCCGUUGCCAAACGGGGUGAAUCAUGGUCCUCCAAACCGGAAGAACCACGCCCAGAACCGUCCGCUGGUAUGGGCGACCGGACAUGGACAGCGUCAGAGGGGUGGACCCGAGAAAAUAGCAAAAGUGCAAACGCUGCCCGUGGGUAUGAGUCCCGUCAUUCUCCACCACCCCGUACCCAUAUCCCCCAAGCAAAGGUAUACAAUCGGUCAUCCCAUCAUACCAGUACAAGCUGGCGUGAUGUUCAUGAUAGCGACUAUACAAGUAGCAGACGUCACCAGAAUGGAGGUCCCAGCCGCGUGGGGGAAGGGUGGCGUGAGCGUCAAGUUCGUCGUGACCGAGAUAGUAGCCACCGUUUUACUGAACGGAGAGACAAGAAUCCGACUCCUCAGCGACGUACAAUAAAAUGGACAGAGCGAUCAGCUUAUUCUCCGCCUGCCGAACCUCGUGGAGUAAGCAAGAGACGCCAUAGCUCCUAUUCUCCUUCACCAUCCCGCAAAACGGACCGUUCUCGCUCGCCCGUGCGAUCGAUUUCGAGGACGCCUUCCAGAUCCAAGUCCAGGUCUCCUGCUCGGUCCUGGCACCGAACACGGACUCCAUCGCGCUCUCGUUCGCGCUCUCGUUCUAUCUCAUCACGUUCAUUGGACUCCCGCUCCCGCUCUCGCUCGCGUUCUCCGGGCCGGCGGCGAACGGCCAUCAAUAGACCCCGAAGUCGUAGCCCCGACAGAUGGGAUUAUCGCAAUAAAAAACGCAAAAACCAGCGCGGGGGAAAUGACUAUGUUGCGUCAGACAAGCGAGUUCGAAGAGACCGGUCGGCCGAUUCCUUACGCCAACACUCCCGGAGACGCAGUGUUUCAACCGCAUCAACAAGGAGCCGUAGCGAUAGUGGCGAGAGCGAGAGGCGUCGUACCGAGGCUGCAAAGCGACCAGUUCAUCGUUUGCCAGAGUCAUCUCGUAGCAAGGCGCUUGAGAAUUCGCCAACCGCACCUCAGCGCCUAAAUGGUUUCAACCAGCAAAAACCAAGACCCCCCUCAUCGCCAGUUUCAUUCCGGGCGCCCAAUGCGAUGUCCCGUGCCUUGGCUCCUGAAACCGACACACCUGCAGCCGAAAUUACAGCUGCUCUGGCUAACGGUCUACAUCUUCCAACCAGUACGAUACCAACGGGUCCACGUUCUAUGGCUCAAGUUUCUCAACCUCAAAUUAACAGUCAUCCCGAUGUCGCCGUAGUUUCUCCCAACAAGCCAUUAACGACUUCUCCAAUAACUCUCAAGGUUCAACAAAGCAAGGCACCCAGUAGGACCGUAAAAAUGUUCUUCCCUGGUGACGAGGACGACGAAGAAGCACCAGGAGGGGCCGAAUCGAGUUCCAGGUCUACAAAUUUGGUACCCCCAGUGAAAGACAAGGACUCUGGUUUGACUUUACCCCCAGGAUCACAAAAAUCGGAGUUUAUUCCAGCCAAGGAUCAUUCGACAUCCGGGGUACCACCUGUGGCCGAUUUAUCUCCCCAGCGGAGGUUGAACGGGGUCCCAGGCCCCUCUGUAUCUACUUCGCCCAAGUCUACAUUCACUUCCACACAGCAAGCCCCGAUUACGCCCAGUCUUGCGCGAGUUGCCAGAGAUGAAGAUUACAAGACAGCAGCAUCCAUGCCCCCUGGUCCCAUGCCCCCCUCCUCAGCACCUGGGUCUUCACCCGCGGUCCCUAACAACACUGGAGGCACCACCACUCCAAUUCGGAUAUCCACACAAACCUCCCCAGCUUUCGCGCCCGAAAACAAGGUCUUACGAGCGGUUGCAUCGUCUUCUAGCACGAUUCCUAGGCGACCUCCCAAUAUUCCAAAGACGGCUUCGGAAUACCAGAUCAUAUGCCAAGUUGGGGAAGGUACAUUUGGCAAAGUGUACAAGGCCCGUUCUUUAGCCAACCCCGAUGCUCGAGUUGCGCUCAAACGCAUUCGAAUGGAAGGGGAAAAGGACGGAUUUCCGGUCACGGCCAUGCGUGAGAUCAAGCUACUGCAAUCCCUGAGACACGAGAACGUGAUCAACUUGCACGAAAUGAUGGUCUCGAAAGGGAAUGUGUUCAUGGUCUUUGAAUAUAUGGACCACGAUCUUACCGGCGUUCUCUCUCAAACUCAGUUCACGUUUACCCCAGCUCACCUCAAAUCGCUAUGCGCCCAGAUGCUUUCUGGUCUCGCGUACCUGCACCAGAAGAGCGUGAUACACCGCGAUAUGAAGGGGUCCAACAUUUUGCUCAAUAACUAUGGCGAACUGAAACUGGCGGACUUUGGAUUGGCUAGAUUUUACUCCAAACGAAGGCGGAGCGAUUACACGAACCGUGUGAUUACACUGUGGUAUCGCCCUCCUGAGUUGUUGUUGGGUGCAACUGUCUAUGGGCCGGAAGUGGACAUGUGGAGUGCUGGCUGUAUUAUGCUGGAACUGUUCACUACCAAGCCAGCGUUUCAAGGCAACGACGAGAUCCACCAAUUGGAUGCCAUUGCUCGCAUAAUGGGCACUCCCAAUAUUGAAAUGUGGCCAGGCCUAACCGACAUGCCAUGGUUUGAACUCGUCAAGCCUACGGAGCCUGUCAAAAGCCAUUUCCGAUCCAUCUUCAACAAAUAUCUCUCUCCUGCUGCCUUGGACCUUGCAGAGCUAUUACUUGCAUACGAUCCGAAUAAACGGGCUACCGCCGUUCAAGCUUUACAAGCACCUUACUUUGUCUCCGAGGACCCACCCCCUGAGAAACCUGUUGGGCUUGCGACAAUUGAAGGAGAGUGGCAUGAAUACGAAUCCAAGCGCGAACGAGAAAAACUUCGCAAAAAACGCAAGGUCGAGGGCCAACACCAACAACACCAACAAUAA